CUCCCCCGGCGGCGCGGAGGGCCGUCGGGUCCUGGGGCAGCGCGAGGCGGCUGUGGCUCUGCGGGGCGAGGCCGGCGAGCGCGGGGCGGCGCGAGAGCUGCGCUUGACUCGCCUGCGUGUCGGGCGGUCCCAGCACCGCCGGGCGCACUGAGGCCGGGCGGCGGGUCGGGGAGGACCGGGCUGUCCCGAGAGCGCCGAGAGCCCGGCCCGCGCCUCCGCUGCCGCGACGAGGAGCCGGGCGGGUGGCGGGCGCGCUCCCUGCGGCCCCGGCAUGACUUCCCCGGGCUCCAGUCUGGCGCCGUUGCUGCUCCUCUCUCUGCAGGGUGUCGCAGCUUCCCUGGAAGUGUCAGAGAGCCCUGGGAGUGUCCAGGUGGCCCGGGGUCAGACAGCCGUUCUGCCCUGUACUUUCACCACCAGCGCUGCCCUCAUUAACCUCAAUGUCAUUUGGAUGGUCAUUCCUCUCUCCAAUGCCAACCAACCUGAACAGGUCAUUCUGUAUCAGGGUGGACAGACGUUUGAUGGUGCCCCCCAGUUCCACGGUCGGGUAGGAUUUAUAGGCACCAUGCCAGCCACCAAUGUCUCCAUCUUCAUUAAUAACACUCAGCUAUCAGAUACAGGCACCUACCAGUGUUUGGUUAACAACCUUCCGGAUAGAGGAGGCAGGAACAUUGGGGUCACCGGUCUCACUGUUUUAGUUCCCCCUUCUGCCCCACACUGCCAAAUCCAAGGAUCCCAGGAUAUCGGCAGCGAUGUCAUCCUGCUCUGUAGCUCAGAGGAAGGCAUUCCUCGACCAACUUACCUUUGGGAGAAGUUAGAUAAUACCCUCAAACUACCUCCAACAGCCACUCAGGACCAGGUCCAGGGAACAGUCACCAUCCGGAACAUCAGCACUGUGUCUUCAGGUUUGUACCAGUGCAUGGCUUCUAAUGCCAUUGGAACCAGCACCUGUCUUUUGGAUCUCCAGGUUAUUUCACCCCAGCCCAGGAGCAUUGGACUAAUAGCUGGAGCCAUUGGCACUGGUGCAGUUAUUGUCAUUUUUUGCAUUGCACUAAUUUUAGGGGCAUUCUUUUACUGGAGAAGCAAAAAUAAAGAGGAGGAGGAGGAAGAAAUUCCUAAUGAAAUAAGAGAGGACGAUCUUCCACCUAAAUGUUCCUCUUCUGCCAAAGCAUUUCACACCGAGAUAUCCUCCUCAGAGAACAACACAUUGACCUCUUCUAAUACCUACAACAGUCGAUACUGGAGCAACAAUCCAAAAGUGCACAGAAACACGGAAUCAUUCAACCACUUUGGUGACUUGCGCCAGUCUUUCUCCCUGCACUCAGGCAAUGCCAAUAUACCAUCCGUCUACACUAACGGGAGCCAUCUGGUCCCAGCUCCGCAUAAGACUCUGGUAGUGACAGCCAACAGAGGGUCAUCACCGCCGGUCGUGUCCAGGAGCAAUGGCUCCGUCAGCAGGAAGCCUCGGCCUCCGCACACACACUCCUACACCAUCAGCCAAGCAACCCUGGAGCGAAUUGGUGCCGUCCCUGUCAUGGUGCCAGCCCAGAGUCGGGCCGGGUCCCUCGUAUAGGACGUGAGUGGAUAGAGUGUUCCCAAAAGAAUGAGUGGAAUGCCCCAUACAAGGGCGAGGGUGUGGUGGGCGAGUGCCGGGAAAGAAACACUUUCCUUAUAACGAUGCUAGUAAAAGCACAAAGAAGACGGCAAAGCGUGUGACCUGGCCACUAAGAUUUGUGAAAAGAACCAGAAUGUUCUAUCGUGAAGACUUGGUUCCCCACCACACAUGUCCCAGGAUUCUAUUCCAUAAGCUGGAUCUCAAAGAUGUGCCAAGCCAAGGAGAAAGAUAGAAGAGCAGGAUAGCACUUAAAACCGAAACUGUGCUCCAGACGGGCUGGUUCUGUAAUUCAUGCCUAACUUAAUAGUUUUUCAAGACACUAAAGUGCCAGAUGGAGUUAAAUAAUGCAAUUAUUUUACAAGAUAGGUGUCUUUAGAAAUGUGAUGAACAACCCGGGGAUAUCUUCUGCCUCUCCUGAGCAUUCCUUCUUUCCUUAGAGGGCGAAUGGCAUGAGUGGUAAAUACUGGUCCCAACAGGGCUGGCUCUUGUAUCAUAGAAUCAAAACUUUUUACACAAACAAAAUUCAGUAAGAAAUGGGGGGGUGGGGGAUGGAGACAAAAGAAAUUCUUAGAGGAGCCCCUUCAUAUUUAUUUAUUUAUCUCUUCCUGAACCAUGAAUUUCAUAUUUGGAAUAUUGCUAUAUUGACAGAUUCUUGCCUGUCUGUGUUGUUCUAGGUUCUGCUACAGAUCCAUGACAGUUACUGUUCAUUAUUUCCUGGAAAAGUUUUUUUUUUUUUUACAAGAAAACUACUUGUUUUUUUUUUAAAAAAUACAUGAGAGGCAUUGGACUAGGAAGGAAAAGACUUGUCAGCACCACAUUCAGUGAUUGUGUUUAUUGAGCCCGGCAGGAGGUUGUCACAAAAGAGAGAGGUUGUGUGGGCAGCACAGGAGCAGGGAGGCAGGUGUAGGGCCGAGCAUCCUGGCAGCCUCUCUGCAGGGCUGUCCAGCUCUCUCUCGCUAUCACACUGGGUUACUCUUAAUGAGGGCAGCACCUGAUGCCUUUUGUACCAAGUGAGAUAACUUUCUCCUUGUUUGACAAGUAGAGAUUAGUAGAUUGUUACAGGCAGGGCAAGAGUUCUUUUUUUUUUUUUUCCAAAAUAAUUAUUUUUGCAAAAGAGAUGAAGCUAAGACUAAAGGGAUAUCCUCAGAUACGUUCCUGUGAGGGUCUGUCCUAUAUUUGUCAGAUCUCAGGGUUGCAAUUUUGCCCCAAUGCAUUUGACGCCACUGUAAAGAUACCCUUUUGUGAUUAGUUACCUGGUGUGGCUGGACUUGGGGUUCAUCAGAUAAUUUACAAACUCCCCACUCUUUUUUGUGCUGUGUAGAUCUGGCCAUACUCGUAUUGGUGACUAUCUCGCCUUAAUUACACUUU